UUCUCAUGCCAACUGGGGACAAAUGGCUACUGACUCUGGCAUCCCAGGAAACGAGCAGCGAGGACAAUGCCACUAUACAGAGCUAUAAUGUAGAAGAAAGAUCCUCUAAAUUCGAUUCGAAAACGCUCUCUACUAGUCAACGUGAUUGGAAGGAGAAUCCCGACCAUGGCGAAGGAAGCCAAGCAAGCCCCUAUUCGGACCAAAUACCCUUGCAUGAUGGUAACGACACCGAUAUUGUGAAAAAUGAAAGCAGAGAAAUAAUGGAUGAAUACAGUCAGCAAACGGUACAAGAUGCAAUUGAUACUAGUGGCUGUUGGUCCAUAGGGGAGUUCAGCCAGGAUGAGGAAGAUUUAGCACCGCAACCUAGCAAUUUCCGUGAACAAGCUCUCUUUUCUCAAAUAGCGAAUUCUCGAGAUGACAUAGACGAUAAUAGCAGCUAUAGUAGCAUUUUGGGAGAUAUCUCACCACGCCUCUCUUCUGACGACUUUGAUAAUCACAACGUUGAGUUUGACGACCUGAAAGACGAAGGAGUAUCGAAUGGCCACGACCUAAAAUCAAGAUCUAAGAAGCUGAAUAACCUUGAAACAUGCGUAUCAGGAUCCGAUGCUGAAUUAUUGCCAAAGCAGAACGUAGCAUCGGCCCUCUCUCUAGCUGCACCACCCACAUUUAUACCUAAAGCACCUGUUUUUAUUUCCUCCAAGUCGACUGCAUUCUCUGUUCUAAAUUCAAGCACCAAGUCCGACACUUCAAAGCGCAAACAUAAUCAGAUAUCAAGCGACAGCCAUGAAAAGAUUACACUAGUAGAAAAUGGACUGAGUAUGAAGGCAAAGAAAUUGCUUGAAGAAGAUCAACACGCUCACAACCAGUGGGAUACGGAUGUUCGUGGCUACAUGGCACAACUGGGGUCCGUAGCUUUCUUGGGACCCAUAUACCCUAACACGCAACUUUUUCGAAUUGUGAAUAUAAUGGACGACAAAGGUUUGGUCUAUACAGAAUGCAUACGUAUUGAAGAGCCUCCAGAAGAAGUUGUGUGGAAGCAUGUGUCGGCGGCAGAAAAUAAUUUGCAAGACGACAACCAAGUUACAUGGUCUCCGGCUGAAAGCGAUGAUGUCGAUACCAAUCCCCAAGUCAUUUACUUUUCCUUCGUCAACUCUUCACUAAGCCAACCCAUGCGCGCACGGUUCAAUCAAAGCCAACUAGUUCGCAUAUGGCCACCUUGGCAUGAGUAUCUCCUAGAAAUGGAUGAUGGCUCCGUCACCACGAUCAAACUUGUCACUCAAUUCAUUACCGAUGCAAUCUAUUGAGUGCUUGUACAACAUGUCGUUCGCGACAACCUGUAUAUUUGUCUGUAUAUGCUGUAGAAAAAUACAAUAUGAAAGAAACACAAACAUCCAUUCCUCGGCAUUCACUUCAAUUUAGAUAAAACUCGUGUGGAGGGUUUUAUGGUAUUGAUUGCGGACAUGAGUGAUGGAAAAAGGGGUUGAAGUGAGUGAGAACAAUUACAUGGAGGCGAAUGUAUAUCAAAAAAUAAUCAAGUUCAGUGAAUAUAUAAGCAAUUCUAAAGUUGAACCCUCUUGUGGGCAGUUCUGGUGAAUGGUGUAAGGUGCCAUUCUGAAUCGGCAUCGGUAAGAUCGACAGUUCCAAGCUUAAUUUCAUAUA